UCUGUCAACUCUUUUCAUCUCUCCACCAUUGCCUCAAAACAUCAAAGAAGAGAGAGAAAGCAAUCUAGAGAGAGAAAUCUGGGAAAGAUGUCGAAAUCUGCUGGUUUGCUCGUGAUUUGUGCUGUAAUCCUUGUCGCCCACAUGAUCGCGCUCUCAUUUCCUGCCGUUGAUGCCGCUUCAAGCGGUGGGGACCACCAUCUGGGAUGGAUUCCGACCACUACCUCCACCGUCGGCAGCGCCUGCCGUGGAUCUAUGGCGGAAUGUCUUGCUGAAGGCGGAGAUCUGGAUAUAGACGACAUGGAGUUCGCUAUGGAUAGUGAAUCGCACCGACGCAUUUUAGCAAACAAUCGUCGUUACAUCAGCUACGGUGCACUUAGCCGGAACAACGUCCCGUGCUCCAGACGCGGUGCGUCGUACUACAACUGCCGUUCCGGAGGUCAGGCUAACCCUUACACCCGUGGUUGCAGCGCCAUCACUCGUUGCCGCCGUUGAGCGAUGGCGUUUGUUUGUUCCUAUUAUUUUAUUUAUUAAAUACGAUUUUAUGUGGAACUGAUUAAUUCAUAUUAGUUUGAAUGGAAUCAUAUACUCUCUCUACAUUCAUACGAAAUUCGGUCGAUGAUGAUAAUAAAAUUUGGGUGUAAUUUUGAUUUGCUUUACUCAUAUAUACUAAUUGUGUGUACAACCAAUGUUCAAAUU